CUUCCCUUCUUGUUUUUUUCAUCACCAUAUAUUCUGUGUUUAGUAUAAACAAUGUCUUUAAGAACAGGUUCAUUAUUACAACAACAAUUGCGACACGGUCAACUUCGCUGUCAACGUACCUAUGCCACUGCCAGCAAGAAAACACAUCCUCCUAGACGGACUUAUCUUCAUCAACAAUACGAAUCACUUGUCAAAGACAACCGAGCUCUUUUUGUCUUCCAACACAACAAUCUGACAGUCAAGGAAUUCACACAACUUCGUCAAGAACUAACCUCAGCCAAUGGACCUUCGAAAUUGACAGUGUUACGAUCGGGUAUUAUGGGAUCUGUCUUGCGUUCGACUGAAUUUGCCAACUUGGAACCUUUGGUAGAAGGUCCCACCUGUGUUUUGACGACCAAUGCUGCUGAUGCCGAUUAUCCUGACCUGUUAAAAUCAGUCACUGGAAUAUUAACCAAAAACAAAAAGAUGGUAUUGCUUGGAGGGAAAUUGGACAAGGCGUUAUUGACUCAAACAGAUAUCAACAAGAUCGUGGCGUUACCUGGCUUGGAUCAAUUGCGUGCUGAAUUAUUGGGUACCAUCGAAUCUCCUGCUCGACAAUUAUUACGUACUCUGGAAGCUCCUGCCAACGAAGUCCAUAGUAUCUUGGACCGACGCAUCUAGUUAAAAAGUGUUUUGUAGUUUUAUAGAUCAUGCAUUUGAUAGAUAUUAGUCAUUUUGUAGUAUAGAAAUUAGUUUCAUUUUAGUAUAUCUUGUUUUUUUAAAAAAAAAAAUAAAA